AGUUUUCAACUCUAUUUCUGCCAACUAACUUCUUUUUUGCUUUUAGUUGGUAAAAUGCCAGAUAUUCAAUUACCUGCUCAUACCAUAAGAUCACAUGGAGCUCAAGUGGCCAGGAUACACAUGCAUGAUUGGUUAAUUCUUUUCCUUCUCGUGGUUGUAGACGUUAUUCUGAAUCUUAUAGAACCAUUUCAUCGUUUUGUGGGAGAAGAAAUGUUGAGUGAUUUGAAGUACCCCCUUAAGGACAAUACCAUCCCCUUUUGGGCUGUUCCGGUGAUUGCAAUACUUUUCCACUCGCAGUCAUCCUGGACUGGUCUUAUGUCUAUUUUUUAUGUCUGCUCAGGGCUCCUUUUUUCUGUGUUUAUAACUGGAGUUAUAACUGAUGCAAUCAAAGAUGCUGUUGGACGACCCCGUCCUGACUUUUUCUGGCGCUGCUUUCCUGAUGGCAAGGGAGUGUUUGAUCAGGUCAUUGGGGGUGUUAUGUGUACUGGACAGAAAAGUGUCAUCAAGGAAGGAUACAAAAGUUUUCCUAGUGGACAUACAUCUUGGUCUUUUGCUGGUUUGGGUUUUCUUUCAUGGUAUUUGUCUGGGAAGAUUCAGGCAUUUGACCACAGGGGCCAUGUGGCAAAACUUUGCAUUGUUUUUCUGCCCUUACUCGUUGCGGCUCUGGUGGGAGUUUCAAGAGUGGAUGACUAUUGGCAUCAUUGGCAAGAUGUAUUUGCUGGAGGUCUUAUAGGGUUGACUGUUUCUUCAUUUUGCUACUUGCAAUUCUUUCCACCCCCAUAUGACAUGGAUGGUAUUAUCUUAUUUUUUAUUGUAGAUAGUCAUUUUGAAUACUGCAAUCUCAUCUUCCAUAGAGCCUUUAUACAACUUUGGAUAAUUAACAUGCUAAUAUGUUUUUGA